CGUUCUGAGGUUGGUGGGAUGCGCGGCCCGUGGUGCUUAUGGUGGCGGCGAUGGGCGCGUGGUGCUUGGUAGUGAUGUUGGAGUGCGCGGGCCAUCGCGGGCAUGCGGCGCAUAGUGGUGAUGCUGAGGUGUGCGCCAGCGCACAUAGGUGAUUGUGUACGACGCCUGGCCGUGACACAGGUAGUGGUGUAUUAUUGCUGUGUAUGUAUCCGGAUUGAAUGUCCGACAUUUGUCGUGCACUGAGAGCGUGCGUCCUCCCUUGUGGUGUCUCGUCAAUGGUAGCUGCUCGAAACGCUCACGCUCAGAAGGGAUUACGCCGACAAGCGGUAAUAUCCGUCCGUCGGGUAAGCGCGAGGUGGUCUCAGUCGACAAUCGCUUUCUCAAUGCCGAGGGCGACGAUUUCGACCCUUUCUCAGCGGAAGCCCCAUUCCGCUUUGCAAAAGCGUUGUCGCCGGAGGGGCCAGAGUACCUGGGAGCGGGGCGCUCUUGCUUCGGCUCAACCUUGGGGCUUGGGGUUGGGGGGGCGGCCCGCGACUCUGGACUCUCAAUGUCCUUGCGGUUGGCGGGCGGCGAACUGGAAGCCUCGGACGCCUGGGAGCGCGGAGAGGUCGGGUAACUGCCUGGCAUCGGACCAGGGUAUGGCGAAGCCUCUCCGUCAUCCUCGUCCCUGCCAUCGUCGCUGCUACCAUAGUUGGCCAGUCUGGCGAGACCGCCAUUUGGCACGCCACUGGCGUACUCGUGAAGAGCAUCAUUCCGCGAGGGUGUUGAGGGUCGCUUGUGCGGCGAUGGACUCUCCUCGCCCUCGUCCUCGUCGCGGCUCUUACGCUUCCCCACAGACGAUACCUGUAGGUUGGUGGACUUGACUUUGGGAACCAGAUAGACAGGCACAGUCUUGGUCGCAGGGGUGGGACGCUUGUGGGGCUCAGAGGUGUCGUCGUCGUCGCGGCGACGCUUGCCUGGAGAGUGCGGAGUAGGCGCUUCAGGGGCCACAGCGGCAUCAGUCCUCGCCACUUUACGCGCAUUCCAAAGGGCGAUCUCCUCGGGGGUCAAGCGGAC